AAGAUGGAGGCGCAGGCGCCGAGCCGCGCGGGCCAGGAGAUGAGCCUGGCGGCCCUGCGGCGCCACGACCCCUACAUCACCAGCAUCGCCGACCUCACGGGCCAGGUCGCCCUCUACACCUUCUGCCCCAAGGCCAACCAGUGGGAGAAGACUGAUAUAGAAGGAACCUUAUUUGUAUAUCGAAGGUCAGCCUCACCGUACCACGGUUUUACCAUUGUUAAUCGACUCAAUAUGCACAAUCUAGUUGAACCAGUGAAUAAAGAUUUGGAGUUUCAGCUUCAUGAGCCGUUUCUUCUGUAUAGAAAUGCAAGCUUGUCGAUAUACAGUAUCUGGUUUUACGACAAGAACGACUGUCACCGCAUAGCCAAGCUCAUGGCCAAUGUGGUAGAAGAGGAGACGCGCCGAUCUCAGCUGGCUGCUCGGGACAAGCAGAGUCCUAGCCAGGCCAAUGGCUGCAGCGACCACAGGCCUAUCGACAUCCUGGAGAUGCUCAGCAGAGCCAAAGAUGAGUAUGAGAGGAAUCAAAUGGGAGAUUCAAACAUCUCCAGCCCUGGGUUACAGCCUGUCUCUCAGCUUUCAAAUCUGGGAAGCACCGAGACUCUAGAAGAGACACUUCCAGGGUCACAAGAUAAGUCUGCUCCCUCUGGACACAAGCAUCUGACGGUGGAAGAAUUAUUCGGGACCUCUCUACCAAAGGAACAGCCAAUGGUCGCGGGUCUAGACUCGGAAGAAGCGGACAAGCUCCCCGGAGACGCUUCCCAGAAGGAGCCCAGCUCCUUCCUGCCCUUUUCCUACGAGCAGCCGGUGGGGCCUCCUCAGUCUGAAAACUUGGGUGUCCCCCCCACUGCCCAUCACUCGCUCCAGCCUGACGUUGCCACGCCAGUGCUAAUCACGCCCGCCUCCAUCACACAAUCCAGCGAGAAGCAGGCAGCCAGCUACACGGCCCCCUUGUGCCCCAUGCUCAGCCCCACGCUGCCCACAGACGCGCCUGCCGCCCAGGCGCCCCCCAACUUACCUCGGAACCCCACCAGGAUGCCGGCGGUGAAGACCGCGCCCAGGCAGAGGUCUCCGCUCCUGAGUCAGCCGGUCCCCGACCUGGGCCACGCUGGCCUGCCCACCGUCCAGAGCCCCUUUCGGGCCCCCUUGAGCCUUCCCGGGGCGGCCGGGCCCUGCCUCCCCAGCGUGGAUCUCCUUCAGAAACUCAGGUUGACCCCCCAGCACGACCAAAUCCAGGCCCCUUCACUCGGGAAAGGCACAGCAGUGCCUAACUUCUCGGGAUCCCCCGGCCAGCUGGCCACCCCGGAGAGCUUCAUCGACCCUUCGUGCAAGACGGCGGUGGCAGCCAGAGCGGCGGCCUCAGCGGCCCUGAGCAACAUGGUGCUCGCUCCCCUUCAGACUAUGCAGCAAAACCAGGAUCCUGAAAUCUUUGCCCAGUCUAAGGUGUUACCCAGUGCCAUCCCGAUUGCAGGACCUGCCCUGGCUACUGCAACGACCACUUCAGUGUCCUCCGUUCUGCUCUCCCCGAGUGUUUUCCAACAGGCAGUUACCAGGUCCUCGGAGCUUGAGAGGAAAGCAAGUUCCCCUUCUCCUCUCACGGUUGGGACGGCCGAGAACCAGAGGAAACCCCCGAUCAUCCUCAGCAAGUCUCAGCUCCAGGAUACGUUGAUCCACCUGAUAAAGAAUGACUCCGGCUUCCUCAGUACCCUGCAUGAAGUGUACCUGCAGGUUCUGACGAAGAACAAAGACAACCCCCUCAACCUAUGACUGGAGCACGAUGGACGCGAAGGCAGAACGACGACCUCAGAAACAAGCAGGCCUCAUCACGGAAACUUGUAAAUCGAGCCUUGAGUUUGGGGAAUCCUGAAAUUGAGCCUAUGAGAUAGAGACUCGUUCCUGACGAAUGUUUUCCAAGCGACAUUCUCAGUGAUCGUGAAGGUGUCACUGUGAGGCAUCACCAGCAGACCUUUGUUUUGACAGAAAACGAAAACAGGCCAUCGUGUUCGAGUUGUGUGGGCGUUUUAUCGAAGUGUGUGAAAUGAGUCUGGUUUUCAGCUUCCUUUCGCUUUUGAGGUCUUGGGGAAGGAAGAGCAGUCACCAGCCUUGCAGCAGUUAGGAGUCAGGCCAGCCGCACCCCUUCCCACUCCUACCCCUUGAGACCUG